ACACAAGAUCCCCUCAGCAAACUCCAGCACUGAUUCAUCCAGCGCUGUUCUCUGUUAUUCUCUAGUCAAAGCGAAUGCGACUUCGUCUCGGCGCGCGCUAAACGCUCUUUGGAAUCUUGAGGAUUGAUCUUUUUCAAACGGGAUACAAUGUAACAAUGAUUGAAUCAUGCAGAAGUUCUCUUAACUGAAGAAGUGAUACAAUGGGGAAACUUCACUCGAAACACGCUAGCAAACGUCGAGAGAAUCCUGAAGGGGAUAGUUUUGUUGUGAAUGCUUUUAUAUCGAGAGGAGAAGGCGAGAGAUUUGGCACAUCUGAUCUCAAUCUGAAAGAUUAUCAGGAUCUACAGAGCUGCGAGCUGAAAGACAGACAGAUAUCAGCUCAUCACUGCCCUCUAGAGGUGGUUUUGCCUCCAGAGAAGGCCGAGGGAUGUGAGAGUUAUCUGCAGUAUCUGCACGCUGAGGAUGGAGACAGAAAAACGCUGAAAGAAACUUGUAAAGCGAAGAAACGCAUCAGUCUAGAUGACCUCGAGUGUAACAUGUCACUGGGUGAUGACAACAGACAGGAGUGGGUCUUCACCCUCUAUGAUUUUGACAACAGCGGAAAAGUGACAAAAGAGGACAUGUCCAGUCUGAUGCACACUAUCUAUGACGUGGUGGAUGCAUCUGUCAAUCAUUCCUGUAACAGCAAACGAAAGACCCUCCGCGUCAAACUGACUGUAACGCCUGAACAUGGAGCUCGCAGGAGAGAUGCUUCACACGCCGGGGCUGACAGAGACGCGAGUCGUUUGAGUCGUGUUGAGUCCACUCACCCAGAUCAUGACAGACGGCAACAAACACACAUCAGGGGUCCGACUGCUGAACCCGAGAGGAAUCAAUACUGUGUGGAUGAGAAUACGGAGAGGAGGAAUCACUAUCUGGAUCUGGCUGGAAUCGAGAACUACAGCUCCAGAUUUGAAAGUUCCUUUCCUCCUGCAGAACAACAAGAGCAGACCUCACAAAGUUCACAAUCCCAGAGUCGAUCCCGUUCUCACGAGCCAGAAGCCCAUGCCCACCAGCGACGCUCGCAGGUCAUCGCGGACCACUGCAUAGCUCCGGACCCACGCACUCGAAACGGGCCCCAGUUCGUCAAAUCCCCCAAAGGGACGUCAAAAGGAGCAGGUACCAACCAGGCAGGGGCCAACGGAGGAGGCAAGAUGAGCAAGUGCCACGGCUACUAUCCGCCCAUGCAGGGCGUGCAUGCCCCGGGCAGCCAUGGGGGUCAGGAUGUGUAUCACCUACUUCAGCAAAACCAUUCACAACCAGGUCAUCCACACCCUCUCCAACACAGCCACAGUAAGAGAUUGAGGGCCAAAGCCAGGGAACAGGCCAUGUCGCCCUCCAAACAACCCUCACCCAACAGCCCGCCGGUGCUUGAGCGCGAGCAGUCCCCUGGCAUCCUUUCGGGCAGUGUGGUGCCAGUCGCCCAGCGGCACGAGCACCACCAUCACCACGAACAUCACCAUCAUCACCACUACCAUCACUACCAUCAGACAUGACUUCCUGUAACACAUUGCCCUCUUUCAGAUGUGGUAUUGUGUGGCAACGUCUCUACAAAUAUUUUCUACUAUAUGUGGAUCUCAGGUGAAUGGUGCUGCUUUGUAGCUUUUCGGAAAAAGUCUAUUUCUCCAUUUGGAGACCCACCGUGGACUGAAGGUCUCCCUCUCUUACUAUAGAGGAAAUAUCACCACUGCCAAUUUUAAUGCUAAAAUAUCUUCCUAUAUGUUUAAAAAUAAAAACUAUAUGAAUAUAAACAUUUUACUGUAUGAUUAUACUGCAUAUGCAUAUUUAUCAUGAUUUAUACAUAUGCAUCUAUGUUCUUGCUUUUGAUAUAUAUUUUAAUAAAAUUCCUAAUAUC